GUGAAAACUGUGAAUGAAAAAAAAAUAUGUUUAAAAGUGAUUGUAUAACAAUAACAGUGAGUGGAAAAGGAAUAUAUAAAUAUAUAGAGAGACAUUGAGAUUAUAUUUGAAGUGAAGGAAAAGCGUCAUUAUAGAAGUGGAUUUUCUUGUGGACAAGGUUUAUAACAUGUACGUCAGCAAUUUUUAUUCUGUGUCGCGUAAGCACCUUUUAUAUCACGCAAUUAUUCUGCAUUACGAAACGUAGAGAUCACGUAAUGGAGAAAUUAAAAAGAAUUGAUAUAAAAAAAAGACAAUGUCCCAUUAUUGUCUCCAUAGGACAACUUAGCUGAGAUUUUGAUAAACAAUAAAGAUCUUCAGUGCAAUUAUCUAUUUGAUAAGAAGAAAUAAAAGUUUUAAAACAAUGGGUUUGGAAGCAGACUUCACUUGCAUUUUGCGAGAUUUCGUGCAAUUUCUUGAAGCCUUAAAUGAAGUGAAACUACCAUCAAAUUUGGAAAAUAUUCGUGAAAAUCUUUUACGAAGAUCAAAAGUAACUCUUCUUAAUCUCGCGAUUGGUCCACCAUCUUCGCCUGAACCUUAUCUAGACAUGAAUGCCGGCAAGGGUCUUUUGUUAGCGACAAAACAAGAGACACAACUUCAGGAAUACAUAAAUACCGAACUUGAUUCAGAGCCAAAAGUUAAUCAAGAUUAUUAUGAAACAUUUCAGGAAAUUAAUAAUCCAAAAUCCGAGAAUUUCCCAUCGAUAGAAGACGAAGCGGGCAAUUCGUUGGAAAAUACUUUAACGACAAUUUAUUUUGGUUUCUCAGCAACGCAGACGAGGAUAAAUUGCAAUAAAUGGGGACAACUCUCAAGAAAGAGUGAAAUCAAAAUUCCCUUUAUUGAUUCUCUUCGACCUUGUUGGAUCGGUUUAUUGGGUUCUUACCUUUUGAUUUACGGAAGUGAAAAAGAUAGUCGACCCAAUGCAGUUGUUCCUAUACGAGGAUACAGAGGACGUCCAGCACCAAGUGUUGAUUCUAAACGAAGUGAUUCUGCCUUUGAGAUUUUUUGUCCUGGUCAUAAAACCCUACAGUUUGUGGCAAAAACACCAGAAGAAAUGGAAGAGUGGGUGGCAAUCAUCUGUGAAACGAGUGCCAGAGAAAAUGACAAUAAGACACGCCUUCGUGGAUCUUCUUUCACGGAGACAGCACAACUGGAGCAGAAAGAGAGAAAAAGUUCAGAAUCGUCGUUAAAAGAUGAAAAAUAUCAGGACGCUGAUUUUAGACCUUCUUCGUUAAGUAGAGAAAACUUACUGAGUCUUCGAAUAAAAAGUGUCGAAAAAGAGGCGAAUAGCGAUAUUCAUCUAAGAGAAAAAACAACAAAGUUACUGAAUCAAGAACAAAAUGAUGAUAAAACACCUCCAUUACCUGCUAGAAUCCCUCGAAGACUUCCUUCGCUGCCUCAUGAGGAUGUUAUUCCUUCGUUUCCAAUUAUCGACGAACCCUACGAUGAAGACGAUAUUUAUCACAAAAUUGAAGAUUUCCGCGACGGCACAGCUUAUCAGAAUUUCAUGGUUGCAAAGAAGGAGGAUGAGAAGAAACAACAAGAGUUGAAGAGAAACGGUUGUCCCGACACUUACGACGACGUCGCCACCGAAAUCAAACACACUGACAACGAUAAAAGAAGAGAAGAAAUUCAGGAAGCCUAUGACGACGUUCAAAUGCCUCAGAAAUCGACUUUACCAGAAAACGAAGCAAUUGUCGAUUCUCCAGAAUUAUGUGACGAUGCUAAGAUGAAUGCCGCCGAUCAAAAAGAGAAGAAACUUUCAGGUGCCGCUCAAAUAAAAGCCUCAAAGAAAUCCUUUCUCGAUCGUAUGCGAAAUCGAAGUUACAUCGUAAAGAAGGAAAAUAAAAAUAAAAAACGAAGCUUAUCACCUGCAUCGUCAAUAUCAUCGGAAGCAUUGCCCACUUAUGAUGACAUUGCCACUAUCGUAAUGAAUCAUCCCGAAUCUGACGUUACUAGUGAACAAUGCGAAUACCUUUCACCACCCGUUCCACGACCAAUUUACUCAAUUCCACCCUCAGUCACACCCUGUUCAUUGGAACAAUUGUACGACGACAUUGCCGUGUGUCAAGAGAAAUCCGCCAAAGAACCCGAAAGUACAAAAAGUAAUUCAAGCAAUUCAUUCGAGACGGAAAUUUCAAAAGUGGAUUUAAAUUUUUUAACAAAUUCAUCGAAGACACCGAACAAUAAUGAAAUGGAAUUCGACUAUUAUCAAUCGCCAAAAAGCAAUCGUGUUUUACAAGUAGACGAUGCACUUUAUGACGAUGUUGCUCUCUUGAUGAAAUUUCGAGCAAAGCAACGCGAAUCGACUGUUUCGAAUUUUGAAAAAGUUUGGAGUCGUUUCAGUAGUGGGAGAAGUAAAAAUUCCGUUAAUGAACCCGACGAUAAUAAUGGCGAAGCGAGAGUCAAUAGACUUCAAAAAAUCGUUAACAAAAUUGAAAAUACCCUCAGUAAAUCGUCAAUGAAACCUUUACCGUUAUCUAAUAAUUCCAAGUCACAAUCUUCGACAAGUGUCACAUAGUUUUCAUUCACAUUCAUUCAGGGCUCGAAGCAGUGAAAGUAUUUAAAAAUACGGACUUUACGGACCAAAAAUUAAAAAUUACGGACCAACUAACAAAAAUAGAAUCAGGCUGAAUCAAAUGAGAGAACAUUUUACU